ACACCCACCCCCUCCUCCUCUCCUUCCCCCCUUCUCUCUCUCUCCGAGAAGAGAAGAAGGAAGCAGUCGUCACGCUCACCGACCGACCGCUCGCUCGCUCCACGCGAGGAGGAGGAGGAGGAGACGACGACGACGAGGCACCACUGAGGCGAGCCAUCUAGAGGCUGCGGACUAGGAAGGAAGGAGGGGGGAAAAAACUUGGGAAAAAACUAAACGCAUCACAGGAGGAGCGAGGUGGGAAACCCUAGUCAAAGCCGCCGCCGCCGCCGGUGGUGUUGGAGGAGAAGACGGAUCUGGCCGCCGCCGAUCGCCUGAUAUAUUUUCCUACAAAAGGUCAAUUGUAGCUUUCAAAAAGUAGGUGCUGUUGCCCCAGAAGAUUAAUAUCGGGUCCAGUAGUUUCUACAGAUUCAAGCUAUAUGCAUUUACACAUGACAUGGGAUCUCGAGGAAGGAUGUUAUUUGACCUUAAUGAGCUCCCAACAGAAGCUGAAGAAGAAGAAGCUGCUGUCGUUGUGUCACAACCUCAGAAGACCCUUCCUGUCCCCACAGCAGGCCCCUCUUUGUUUCCGCAACAGGAAGUAACACAGUCACAGGGAAUAUUGAACAACAAUGCCUUCAAGCAUGCAUCAUCUGGUUCAGGUUUUCAACCUUUUGUGAGGAGCAAAGAUUCACAAAUUACAAAGGAGCCAAUUAAGGCAGAAGGUAGUUUGACUGCUAGUGUAGCCACUACAUCUAUGGUGACCAAUGAUGUUGGUAAACUGAUUGAGCCCUCCAAUCAGAUUUCUCAGGCAGCUGAAAGAGAAGAAGGUGAGUGGUCUGAUGCAGAUGUUGCUUCUGACACUGCAGGGAGUAGUCUAAGCAACAAAGAAGAGUCGUCUGGUACUGCAACUACACAGGUGAAAAGAGAUUUCCAAGUAAGCGAACCUACUGCUGUUAAAUCUGGUGACAUGAAUAAAGAUGAGGCUGCUGCUGAGCCUAGUGACACUGAAAUGGUGGAUGCGCCUAAGGAUCAAGUGGUACGUGGUCCCACAGGACUCGAGAGCACGAAAAAUUUGGAAAAUAAAGGAAAUCAGCCCGGGGAUGAUUCAGAUCCGUCCAACAAGUCAAAGGAUGUUAGAGGUGUAGAAGCCAAUUAUGCAUUGAGGUUUGCGAGUAACCCUGCAAAGAGACCUAAGUUGGAUGAACACAAAGAGGCAAUGCUCGGUAAAAAGAGAGCCAGGCAAACAGUGUUCAUUAAUGUUGAAGAUGCGAAGCAAGCUGGCACGAUGAAGACGUCAACACCCAGAAGGCAGUCGUCCUUUCCAGCGCCAAUUGUCACACGUACUGUGAAGGAAGCUUUUCGCAAUGCUGGUGGUAUUGCUGAAAGAGCUGGAGAAAAACAAAGCCAGUCAGCCAUCAGGGAUCAGAGGCAAUCUGAAACUGGUUCGGAACGGAGUAAUUCUGCAGACCCGACUGAUCAAAUUUCUGAAUCCAAUGGUGAUGCUGAGAUGGGGUCUCAAGGUAGGCCAAAGAAAAUGAAUGCUGAAGAAGCCCUUGCAGAUGGUUAUCAACAAUCAAUGCCAAGGCAGUUAAAGGGCAGACAAAUCUCUUCUCAGAGAUCAGCUGUAACAGGACAGAAUAAUGCUGAUCAGAAACCAGUUAAUAAAAGAUCUCUUGUUUCAAAAAAACAAACUACAGCAAAUAACAUGCAAUAUCAAGACACAUCCGUUGAGCGACUUAUACGUGAGGUGACAAGUGACAAGUUCUGGCAUAAUCCAGAGGAGGCAGAACUUCAAUGUGUCCCUGGAAGUUUCGAAUCUGCUGAGGAGUAUAUUAGAGUUUUCGAGCCUUUGCUUUUUGAGGAAUGCCGCGCUCAGCUAUAUAGUUCCUAUGAGGAGAGUGUUGAGUCUGUAUCAAGGGAUUCACAUGUCAUGGUGCGUGUGAAAACUGUGGAUAGGCGUGAAAGAGGAUGGUAUGAUGUUGUUGUUCUACCCAUGCACGAAUAUAAAUGGACUUUCAAAGAAGGUGAAGUUGCAGUUUUGUCAUUUCCUCGGCCUGGUUCAGCUUCCCAAUCAAGUAGAUCUAACAGACGGAAUGCUGGUUCAAAUGAAGACUCUGAGUCGGAGUGUGGACGACUUGUUGGUACAGUCAGGCGCCAUACGCCUAUUGAUACACGUGAUCCCAUUGGGGCAAUUAUUCACUUCUACCUUGGGGAUUCAUUUGAUUCUAACAGUGAGACCAAUGUUUUGAGGAAACUGCUACCUCGGAGUACUUGGUAUCUGACUAGUCUUGGUUCCCUUGCAACAACACAAAGGGAAUAUGUUGCCUUGCAUGCCUUCCGCCGUCUCAAUGUUCAAAUGCAAAAUGCUAUUCUUCAGCCAAGUCCAGAGCACUUCCCCAAGUAUGAAGAGCAGCCACCUGCUAUGCCCGAUUGUUUCACUCCAAAUUUUGCUGAUCACUUGCAUCGUACUUUCAAUGGGCCUCAGUUAUCAGCAAUUCAUUGGGCUGCGAUGCAUACUGCUGCUGGUACAAGCAAUGGAGCGGUGAAGAAACAAGAACCCUGGCCUUUCACAUUAGUGCAGGGGCCGCCAGGGACAGGAAAAACCCAUACCGUGUGGGGAAUGCUAAACGUUAUCCAUCUUGUUCAGUAUCAACAUUACUAUGCUGCUCUUCUCAAAAAACUUGCUCCUGAAAGUUACAAGCAAGUUAGUGGUAACACGAGCAACAGCUCGGAGGCUGUUGCUGCAGGGUCCAUUGAUGAAGUUUUACAGAGUAUGGAUCAGAACCUUUUCCGAACCCUUCCCAAGCUUUGUCCCAAGCCACGGAUGCUUGUAUGUGCUCCAUCAAACGCUGCCACAGAUGAGCUGCUUGCUCGUGUUCUUGAUCGUGGUUUCAUAGAUGGUGAGAUGAAGGUCUAUCGCCCUGAUGUUGCCCGUGUUGGAGUUGAUUCACAGUCUCGUGCUGCACAGGCUGUUUCAGUUGAGCGGAGGACUGAUCAGCUGUUAAUGAAGGGCCGUGAUGAAGUGAUUGGGUGGCUACAACAGCUAAAACUCCGUGAGCAGCAGUUAUCACAGGAGAUAGCCUUUCUACAAAGGGAUCUUACCGUGGUUGCAGCAACUGGCAGAUCGCAGGGUUCAGUUGGAGUAGACCCAGAUGUGCUUGCUCAAAGGGAUCGUAAUCGUGAUUUUCUACUCCAGAAGCUUGCUGCUUCAGUAGAAAGCAGGGACAAAGUAUUGGUGGAGAUGUCACGCCUGCUGAUAUUGGAAAGCAGGUUCCGUGUUGGCAGCAACUUCAAUAUGGAAGAUGCUAGGGCUAGUCUAGAAGCCAGUUUUGCCAAUGAAGCAGAAAUUGUUUUCACAACAGUUUCAAGCAGUGGUCGCAAAUUAUUUUCCCGCCUUAGUCAUGGUUUUGAUAUGGUUGUUAUUGAUGAAGCUGCUCAGGCUAGUGAAGUAGCAGUCCUCCCUCCACUUUCACUUGGUGCAGCUAGAUGUGUGUUGGUUGGUGAUCCACAACAGCUCCCUGCUACUGUUAUCAGCAAAGCAGCUGGGACUUUGCUCUACAGCAGGAGUCUCUUCGAGAGGUUUCAGCAGGCUGGUUGCCCUACCAUUUUGUUAUCAGUGCAGUAUCGGAUGCAUCCCCAGAUCCGUGAAUUUCCAUCAAGAUACUUCUAUCAAGGGCGCCUUACAGAUAGUGAAAGUGUAGUCAAAUUGCCUGAUGAGGCGUAUUAUAGAGAUACAUUAAUGGCACCUUACAUAUUCUAUGACAUCUCACAUGGUCGUGAAUCUCAUAGAGGUGGGUCAUCUUCUUUCCAGAAUGUUCAUGAGGCACAGUUUGUUUUACGAUUGUAUGAGCAUCUUCAGAAGUUCUUGAGAGCUAAUGGUGGCAAGAAAGCAUCUGUUGGUAUAAUCACACCGUAUAAGUUGCAGCUGAAAUGUCUUCAGCGGGAAUUUGAGGAGGUCAUGAGUACUGAGGAAGGGAAGGACAUCUACAUAAACACAGUUGAUGCUUUUCAAGGACAAGAGCGUGAUGUGAUUAUUAUGUCAUGUGUCCGUGCCUCAAAUCAUGGUGUGGGUUUCGUGGCAGAUAUACGGCGUAUGAAUGUUGCUCUUACUAGAGCUAGGAGAUCUCUAUGGGUUGUUGGUAAUGCCAAUGCUCUUAUGCAGUCAGAGGACUGGGCUUCACUUAUAUCAGAUGCAAAGGCCAGGAAAUGCUUUAUGGACCUUGAUAGCAUUCCCAAGGACUUCCUUGCCAUGAAGGUCUCUAACACUCCAGGUAGAAACUCUUCAAAUAACAUGAGGAACAUGAGGACGGGUGGACCAAGGCCGAGGCAUUUGGAAAUGCUUCCAGAUUCCAGGGUUAACAUGAGGCCUGAUGAGGAUGAGCGUUCUAACUCUGUUCCAAGAAAUACCAGUUACAGAAAUUUGGAUGAUCUGGGGCGUCCUGGUGAUAGGUCUAGAGAUAAUCUGCCGUUUGGAAUGCCUAGGAGGCCAAAUUCGUCGAAUGGUUCGAGGAGAGAAGUGUAAGCAUGGCUGUAACUGUACAUUUGCUUGGUCUGUGCAAGCCUUGGUGGACCUUGGAUUGGACAAGGUGACAUCUUUUCAGAAGAUGUACACUUGCUCUGCCGUGGAUUGGACGGUGAUGAGGUGUUGGUAUUUGCAGCACCAGAGGAAUCACCAUGAAGCAAAGCCUCUAGUGACAAUGGGUUGCAAGCCUCAGCCGCCUGCACCUAGCGAUGCUGUUUCGUUGGCUGGGUUUGGCUCUUGAUAUCUAAUGGAGCAAAGCUGCUUCAUGUCCUCGGUGUUUUGGAAAAUCACAUGAAAUUUCCAUAUCUGGUGACCAGAAUUGAGGAAGGCUGUCAGCUGGACAGAUUAUGCCUGACAUUGCAAUGCUUGCUUUUUAGCAUGCUUUAACAGAACCUAUCAUCUCAUAGAUAUACAUGCAUGGGCAUUUUCAUUUUGAAACAUACCAGGAGAAAAAAAAUCUCACUGGCUCUAGAGCAGGUUAGGUUUCAAGCAUCUGUUGCAAGAUUGCUUCUGCAGCAAACAUUCAUGCUUGAUAUGUCCUGUAGGAUUAGUAUGCUAACAUAGGCAGGGCUUUUGUAACAUAUGACAUAAGCUCCCUCUGUAUACAAAAUCCGCAUCUAGAAAAAGUUGAUUAUUUGAUUCAGCUGUCAUGUUGUUACCUCUGUUCCUGUUGCACAUGGUCGCCGAAUGCUGUAUCGUGUAUAUAUUGUAAGCUCACAUAAAUUUUCCACAGCAUGUUUUAAUUUGUAUUUUUUUU